GUUUAUAUGUUACUGGUAUGGAGUUUUAUUUACGUGUUAACUUAUAAUGAAAAUUGUGAUAAUGUCUUAUUAUAAAUCAAAUUAUUUAAUUAGUCUAAGUUUAAUAGUGUCAUGAAAAUUGUUUCAAUAAUAAUUUCUAUUUUAAUUGCUGUGAUAUGUGUUCUUCUAGCUUUAUUGCAACAUUACUACAUUAGCUUUAUUAAUAUUAAGAAAAAUGAUGUUAAACCAUAUGUUCCUGUUUUCGAAGAUAUGCUUGCUAGGGAAGACAAAAGUAUUAUAGAUCUAAACUAUGAAGAAAUAAAAAUUUUGGACCCGUUAGAUGAUAUUCCAAUAGUUACAACCGAAGCUCCUGUGAUAACUCCGCAAAACGAUAAUUACUUAGCAACGGAUGCUGAAGUACAACACCUAUUGCAAGCUGCUCUAGCUUUCAAACUGUCAGGUAAAAUGGAGAAGGCUAUGAAACUUUUUGAACACGCUGCUGCGAUUGCUCCUCAAAAUCCUGAUGUAUUAAAUGGUUAUGGGGAAUUUAUUGAACAUAGGCAUAAUGACAUUAUUGCAGCCGACGAAUUGUAUCAUAAGGCUUUGACAAAUUCACCAGAGCAUAAAGGUGCGCUAAUGAACAGGAAACGAACUGCACAUAUUGUGGAUAAACUUGACUUGCUACUGUUUAAAUUAAUCGAUGAAAAACGUGACCUUUUACAGAAGAAACAAGAAACAAGUCCUAUUUACGACAUUAUGAAGAAAAGAGCUUAUUAUUUACAUAUUUACCAUACAGUUGGUAUCGAAGGCAACACCUUAACUUUAGAUCAAUUGAUUAGCGUAAUAGAAACUGGAACUGCUGUCCAAGGGAAGAGCGUACUAGAACAUAAUGAAAUUUUAGGACUGGAGUUAGCUAUGAAAUAUGUUAAAUUAUUAACACGGUUUCCUAUAAUCGGUGUUAAUGAAAUCUUGGGAAUACAUCGGCGGAUUCUUGGACAUGUAGAUCCAAUUAACAGUGGUACAUUUCGAAAUCAGCAGGUUUUUGUAGGAAGUCACGUUCCUCCGCCGCCCGAAGACUUAGCAGGACUGGUCGACAGUUAUGUGGAAUGGUUAAAUUCCGAAGAAGCACAAAGCAUGCAUCCCGUCAGGUACGCCGCAUUGGCACACUAUAAGUUAGUCGAUAUACAUCCGUUUGCGGAUGGUAACGGACGCACAAGUAGAUUAAUGAUGAAUUUAAUACUAUUACGGGCCGGCUAUCCGCCAGUUUUGAUACUUAAGCAUCAUCGAGAGAAAUAUUAUGAGACUUUAAAUCUUGCAAAUAAGGGAGAUGUUAGACCUUUUGUGCGUUUCAUUGCGCAUUGCACCGAGAACAGUUUGCAAGUUUAUUUAAGUGAGACAGAAUCUAGUCACAGUAUUACUCACAUUGAACAAAAAACGAUCGAAAUUGAAGAGGACAACAGGAGCAUCUGAACAUAUCUAUACUAGUCACUAUCAGAUGGCAGCGCAUCAUACCGAGCCUCAUUAACAGUAUUUGUGGCACUAUUGAUUUUAAAAAGAAAAGGAUUCUGUUUUAUCGUUUCGUGUCGAGGGAUUUAUCAUUUGUACCUGGUUUAUACUUAAUUAAUAACGCAAGGAAAACUAAACAACCAUAAUGAUUUAUUAUAACAAACUGUCGAAUUUUUAUGAAUUUAGUAGUAAAUUUAUUUAUUCUACCUCA